AUGAUUAAAUACAUGGCUUCAAGAAUUUCGACUCGCACUCGAAAUAUGAAAAGGGGUGGAUCGCGUUUGGUCCAGGCUCGGGCUGUCUUCGCCCACUUCAUGGUAUCUAAUACUCUGAAGUAUACCGUGGACGACUGGGAAGAUGAGAUGACGCUGGCCCACGUGGCCAAUCUCGACGCCUUCGCUCUGAACACUGCUGUCGGAGAUGCCACCAACACUGGUUCGGUUGCCAACGCCUUCUUGGCGGCCGGAAAUGUGGGCUUCAGUCUGUUCUUCAGCUUUGACUAUGCCGGAAAUGGGGCCUGGGCCGAGUCCGACGUGGUCAGCAUGAUUUCUACCUACGCGCUGACCGGGGCGUAUUUCCAGCAUGCCGGCAAGCCCCUCGUCAGCACCUUUGAGGGCCCGGACAAUGCGGCUGACUGGGUCUCCAUCAAGGAGCAGACGGGGUGUUUCUUUAUCCCGGACUGGUCCUCAGUCGGGGCAGAGGCAGCAGCAGGGCUUGCGGACGACGGUAAGCCAUACAUGAUGCCGGUCUCUCCGUGGUUCUUCACCAAUAUGCCUGGAUAUGACAAGAACUGGCUUUGGCGGGGCGACGACCUUUGGUAUGAUCGCUGGGAACAAGCUAUGUACCUGGCGCCCGAAUUCAUUGAGAUCAUAUCGUGGAACGACUUUGGUGAGUCCCACUAUAUUGGGCCUAUCCAAGCUUCUGGGUCAGAUCUUGCCAACUCGACAUACACAGCAUUCGACACCGGCGAGGCCCCUUACAACUACAUGCUGGAUAUGCCGCACGACGGCUGGCGCGUAUUCCUCCCCUGGUUGGUUGACAUGUAUAAGCAAAACAUCUCGAUCAUCACCCAGGAGGGAGUUCAGGCAUGGUAUAGGCGCAAUGUUGGGGGAGAGUGCGUGUCAGACGGCGGCACCACGGGUAAUACUGCCAGCCAGCUUCAGCUGAAGUAUUGGCCCUAUGAGAUUGGACAGAACAAGGUCUUCUUCUCUGCGUUGCUCGGGUCGGCGGCAGAUAUUACAGUAACCAUCGGUGGUGAGAACAUGGGUAUAUACUACGGAUUUGUGAGCUUUUCUGUGCAGGAUGGCCCAGUUGAGGUUACAAUCUCGCGCGACGGAGCUGCUAUUGCUAGUUUUACAGGCGCGGACAUCGUGAUCGGGUGCUCGAGUAGCAUAAAUAUCGAAAAUCGGAAUGCCUGGGUGGGAAGCGCGAAAGCCUCGGCCACGAUUGACGCGACGUCUACAGACUCUCUCCUAGACGCCGUGUGUAUCGAGGGGUGGGGUGCGGGGAAUUUCGAUGGACUCUGUGCGUUUACCUGUAGUCUCGGGUAUUGCCCGGUGGGUGCGUGUCUGUGCAAGAAGAUGGGCCCGCAGCCAGAGCUGCCCAAGAGUCUGGGAGUAGUGAGAUAUCCCAUUACUGGGGAGACAGCAGGUUAUAGUGGACUUUGUGUCUUUGCCUGCAAUUAUGGCUAUUGCCCGCCUACGGCUUGCGGGACCACCAAAAGGGGAUACUGUCCGUCUCACACAUGUCUGCACGAUACAUCCACCACCAGCACUGACGACGACGACGAUUUGGUUUGUGCAGACGAUGGGACGCACACACGCGCCGUGUGUAACGAAGAAGUUUACACGGGUUGCGACUACAGCAUCUCCUUCGCCAGUUAUACCGACCUUUCCGCCGCGGCCGCGAGCUACAAUGCCAGCUGUGUAAACUACUAUCUUAUCGGGGCCCUGUCGAGUAUGCUGGACUCCGCCCUGGCGAAUUACACGCAAAUGAACAGCAGCUAUCAUGAUAAGUUUGAAGAAUAUGUCAGCUUCGUCAAGGGGGAGGUGCCUGAGGUACUGGACACGCUGAUGGCGGCGGGAGGCGCGGGGAACGCAUACUUCGAGUGCAUCUACAGCGCCGGCGGCAUCACAAACAUCUCCACCACCAGCUGCCCGUACCAGGUCCCACAGACCACAGACGACGUAGACAUCAACAGCGUUGUCUACUACGACCUGGUAAAUGCGACGGGAUGGUGGGAUAUGCUGUUGAGCGACUACGGGCUGCAGUCGAACCCGGCCACCAUCGUCCAGUCGACGUUGCCCAAAAUCCAGAACCUGACCAACACACUCACCCUCACGAGGAUCCUGAUCAGCUCCGGCGCGUGGGGCGGGCCCCUGGACGACAUCGUGCUGAGCGUGUCGACGGCUGUGUUCACUCUCGUUCAAGCCGUGCAGAACAUGGCCCAGAUCGAGACGGUCGCGACGCAGUACGAAGAAGCCCAGAAGAAGGAGCUGAUCGAGGAGAUCCUCGGCGCGCUGUUCCUAGCUGUGCCCUUCCUCGGUGAGAUCGACGUCAUCUCCGAGAGCCUGGCGGGGCUGGCCGAUAUUAUCACCAUGAUCGGCGACACGGCCAUGCUGGCCGACAGUCUUUAUGAGGUGGUGUCGGCCAUAAGCGCUAAAGACGCCAUUCUGGGCAUUUUCGGGGUGCACCUCCUCGGCGGAGUCAGGUCUGUCGAGGAAUUUAGCGAUAUGGCGAAUCUCCGCCCCGGGCUGUCGGCGGAGGACAUUGCGAAGAUCGGUCCGGACUGGGAGGAGGCCGAUACGGAAAUGAACAAGUUGGUAGAUGUUUGUUUCUAG